AGUGCGCAGGCGCGGGGGCGCCGCGGGCCGGUGCGGGCCGGGACGAUGGCGGGGCCCAGCUUGCGGCCGCACGUGCACUGGGCACAGCGGCACCGCGAGCUCUUCCUGCGAGUGGACCUCAGCGACGUCCGGAACCCGGACAUCACCAUCACCGAUAAUGUCCUGCACUUCAGAGCCCAGGGUCACGGUGCCAAAGGAGACAACAUAUAUGAAUUUGAGAUCGAAUUCCUCGAGCCAGUCGAUCCUAAACCUGUGUGCAGGAUGACCCAGAGGCAGGUGAACAUCACUGUGCAGAAGAAAGAGAGUAACUGGUGGGAGAGGCUGACCAAGCAGGAGAAGCGCCCGCUCUUCCUGGCGCCCGAUUUCGACCGCUGGUUGGACGAGUCGGAUGCUGAGAUGGAGCUGAAGGAAAAGGAAGAAGAAAAGAUUAACAAAAUGAAAAUAGAAUCCAGAGUCCCAAAAGACCCUUUCAAACACCUGAAGAAGGGAUACCUAGUCAUGUAUAAUCUUGUACAGUUUUUGGGAUUCUCUUGGAUUUUUGUGAACAUGACAGUACGACUAUUCAUCUUAGGAAAAGAUUCCUUCUAUGACACAUUUCACACUAUUUCUGAUAUGAUGUAUUUCUGUCAGACCCUGGCAUUAAUGGAGAUCAUGAAUUCACUAAUAGGGCUGGUCAAAUCACCGCUGAUCCCUUCUAUAGUGCAGAUAUUUGGAAGAAACUUCAUUUUGUUUGUUAUCCUUGGAACCUUGGAGGAAAUGCAGAGCAAACCUGUGGUGUUCUUCAUAUUUUAUUUCUGGAGUAUCAUUGAGCUGUUCAGGUAUCCCUAUUACAUGCUUUCCUGCAUUGGAAUUGAAUGGAAACCACUCACCUGGCUCCGUUACACUGCCUGGAUCCCUCUCUACCCCUUAGGGGGCUUGGCAGAAGCUGUCUGUAUUGUUCAAUCCAUUCCAAUCUUCAGUGAAACAGGGAAAUUUAGCCUGGGAUUGCCAAAUCCACUGAAUGUCACAAUCCAGUUUCCAUUUGUGCUUCAAAUAUAUCUUAUAGCCUUGUUUUUAGGGGUAUUUGUAAACUACCGUUACCUCUACAAGCAAAGGAAACAGCACCUUGGACCAAAGAAGAGAAAGAUGAAGUGAAGCAGGACUGCAAUGAUUUCUUAUCUCACUUGGGGACAAGAUAAGCCUCUAAUUCUUACGGUUUUACCCACUGUAAUGCAAGAAUUUUGUAAAAUGAAAUGACCACGCUAGAUUUCAUGAUUUCAUAGUGAAUUCAGGUAACAUUCCCUUAUAUUGGAUUUUGUUCCCUUUCCAUCAUCUAUGCAUGGCAUUUACCAUUGAACAUUUAAACGUGUAUCCUGUCAACCAGCAUAUUAGAAAGAAAUCCUAUUAUCUGCAUAUGAUAUGCUUAUAAUCAGUGGAGCAGCACUAACUAGAAAUAGUGUUUAUCUUUUAAUUGGAGAUUUGCUCUUUCAAUAUUGCAUGCAGAUAGGGCUUCUGAUGUGGGAUAUGCUCUUUGCUGGCCUGUGCUGUUCCUGGGAGGCAUCCUGAUGGCAGGAGGAGGCACAGUCUGAGGCCACUGUGCAGUGUUUGGGUGUUCAUCAGCCACUGGGAUAAACUUGCUCAGUAUAUAACCCCCCUUUUCUUCUGCAGCAUUACUGAUGGUACAGAAUUCAAACUGGAAGUAGCUAAUGCUGAUUUAAAUACUACAACUUAGUCUGUUUCUAGUUAAGCCUUGACAGAAUAGGAGCUCUGUGUGGACCAUAGCAAUGUGUAUUCCUGUAGCAACACAUCCUGUCCAGUCAUUAGGGAAAGGAAGCUGCCACUGAGGGCAGAAAUGCUUCCUGGUUGGUAGAGUGUGGGGGCCUGAAUAGAUGUUGUAUUGUAAGGUCUGUGUGGGUCC